UCCACCAAGAAAGGCCCACUAACAUUUCCUAGAACGACGAAGCCAUUCACUCCACUCACUAUCCUAUUUGGGGCUAUUAUUCAUUUCUAGGUUUUCUCUCUGAAUCUCGAUCUCCAUCUUAAUUAUCCAGUGUUAUCUGCAGCCAGAGUCAGUAAACUAGAUAUAAUUCAUCUUGUUGAUUGUAAAUGGAGGAUAUUUCCUUUUGCUGUACAUCCGAAAAUUCGAAAGCUAUGUGUUACAGUAGUGCUUCUUCCGGAUAUGAUGAUGAUGGUGAUAGAGUAGACGAGCUAAGAACAAGCAUACCGAUUCAGCUUACGAUCAAUAAUGGGAAAAAUAGUGUAGAUAGCUAUCAUAUCGAGGAGGAGGACGAAGAAGAUGACGAAGAAGAUGAAGUUGAUUUAUCUGAAGAAGCAUUAUUGGCCCAAAUGGGGUAUGUAAAAUCUGACCCAGGGAGUGAUAACGAGGAAGAAGAAGAGGAUAUAUUAGACGAUCGAAUAUUGGUGAAGAAUGAAGCACGCAAACACGAACCAAUAAACACACCAACAGCUGAACUGAAUCUGGUUUCGGCCCUAAGAGGAAGUCGCGAGAAAGAAGGAAGGCCAGUAGAGGAAUGCCGGGUUUCAUGGGGGCCGGAUGUGUACGAUCCGCCCUGCACAUCUGAUGAUCAUUUUGCUGCAAGCAAGAACGAUAGGCACAGGGUCGAGCAGAAGGGCAAGGGCACGUCCGGGAGGAACAGGCAAAAGGGAAGCGGUAGCGAAGGAGGCAGCAGCAGAAAGGCAGCUGGAGGAAGUAAGAGUAAGAAAAAGGCUGAGAAGAAACAUAAGAAGCAGGGGUAUAAGCACUCUGAUCCUAGUUAGUUCUCUCACUUGUUAACUCUUUUGUAAAAUGAGGAUCUUGAUUUUCAUCAGUAAAUCAGCUUGAAAAAUAACAAAUCUUUCAAAAAUUUGACAAUGAAGUAUUAUUUACAAGGAAA